CUUUCGUUUGACAAGAUGAAGGUUAAUACCAUCAUUUUACAUUUUAACGCGGUCAGCGUGUCAGCACCGUCCUAUUGUAGAAGUAGACGACCCAAGCGCUUGAAACCUGUCGGAUGUUCGACGCCCGUAUAACGACGUCGCCUCCUCCAUAUUCUCCCUCCAAUCGCUCCGCCCACGAGAUCCACUCCACCUCAGGAAUCCUCCGUGGCCACCACAACUUACAUCCACGUGUAAAUAUCCUUUUCCAACCACCACAUCUGUCACCAAGCAGGCAUAAUAUAAUCUCUACCGUGAACAAGGUUUCCAGUGCGAAGAUAAGAAGCCAUUCUGCACUUCAUAACUGCUUAGAAAUGACAGAAAAGGAUCGGCCAGCAGUUUUAAGGAACAAGUCAGAUGCAUCAUCCACAGUCAAAUCUUCACAGCCGUUGUCUACAUAUCGGCCAAUGAGAAACGACCUUUUAGGUGUUGUGCAGAAAGUUGUAUUGGACAAGGUUGAUGUUGUCACAGCUACCGCAAUUCUUGAUCAGCCUAGAGGGGGGCCUCUUGAAGGUAAUGUUGGCAAGCACAGUCUGAAUGGAAGUGCCUCAGGUAGUAACCAUGGAAGCAGCACUGCAGUGAAUACUGGUGGGGUAAACAUAGAAAGUGAUAAUGGGAUAGCCACGAAAAGUGGAAGUGGCAAUGCAAGUGAUGAUGCAAGCUGGAGUGGGACUGGGGACUGAAAACAGAGUUGAUCUGAACAAGUCUGCUCAUAGAGAAGCUGUAUCAACCAAAAUACGUCAGAAGUAAAAGGGGAGAUGCUUCCAGGAGAAGGAGAAGGCGGUCUAAAAGCUCGUAAGGAUUAGCUCAUCUGGGUCCCUUCCCACAUCAUGUGCUGGUAUCCAUAAUGUUCAUGUUUAUCCAAUCUUUUUGACAACAUUCAGUUUUCUUCCAGAAUUCAGUUUCAGAAUCUUAUUAACUUAAGAUCUUAUGUAUGUUUAAACUGUUGUAUUUCUAUUACGUACCUGGUGAGAAUUUCAAUGUCUUGAACUAUGGCUUUUGUCUCGUUAUUGAAGAUCAACUUGGAAUACAUGUUCCUGAUUUUG